AACACAUGUUGCUGAAAGUUUGUUAUCACUACACAUGCAAGCUCCUCUAGAUAGUUGCACGUAUUUGGGUUUAGAUAGUGGAGUAAAUCCCAUUCAAGUGUCUUUAUUUUUUGAUAUACUAGUUGCCAUGGCUUCCAAUAUGACUAAGGAGUCUUUCAUAGUGGGAAAAUGUGGAAAAACAUACAACUUAAAGGCUGGCAUCAAUGAAGGAAAUUCAAAAGAAAACAUGUCAGCUCGGCUGUUGGUUUGGUCUGAAUUGUCUAAGUACAAAAUGUCGCCCAAGUUAUUAAAAGGACAUCAACACUUAUACUGGUCUAGUCAAGAUGUUGCUACUAAUCAUAUGUCAAAUUUAUUCACCAUAUCCCAUUCAGAAAAAGUGCAUUCCAUUAAUGAAGCAAGUUAAACUAUUACCAUAUGUCUUGUUGUUGGGGUUCAAGCGAAACUGAUAGUUUUUAUUCUCUAAAAUGUAAAAAUUUUCUUGCCAAGCAUAAGAUGAAAUUACUGGUCUUAAUUU